ACGACCAGUCAGUUCGCGCACGCACACACGCGCGAGGAACUUUGAGGCGUUUGUCGCAAAUGUGACAAAUUUGCUCAUUUGUGUUUUUGUCUGACUUUUUUUUUUGGUGGGGGGGGGGCUACGAUUGCGAGGAGGCGCGAGCAUGUGAGACAAGUUGGCGAAAGAAAGGAUAACGCAAAAAAAAAAGAAAAAAGAAGAGAUGGACGCGGGGGGUCACGUGAUGCUUUGGCGCCUACUUUUCUUCUUCUUGGCGCCUUUGGGACGCACUGUUGCGCAAUUUUUCCCGGGCGGCUGCGACUUCGAGGACUCGUACAGCAGCUGCGGCUACAGCGUCUCCCUGGGGACCGGCGGCUUCACCUGGGAGCAGGACCGCGCCCCGCACGCAGGUCACGCAGGCGGCAUGAUGGCGGUGAACGCCUCGGGUCGGGCGUCGGGUCAGCGCGCGCACCUCUGCAUGCCCAAACUCAAGGAAAACGACACCCACUGCAUCGACUUCCUCUACUCCGUAACCGGGCCGGACGGCGCCGGCCCGGGCGCCCUCAACGUCUACAUCGAGGUGAACGGCGGCGCUCAGAACAACCCGGUGUGGAACGUGAGCGACGCCGUGACGGACGGGUGGCUCAAGGCCGAGCUGGCCGUCUCCACCUUCUGGCCCAACUCCUAUCAGGUCAUAUUUGAAGCCGUUUCAGUCCAGGGCCACCCGGGCGUCAUCGCCGUCGACGACGUUCGAGUUCUGGCUCAUCCCUGCCGAAAAGCGCCGCACUUCCUGCGCCUUCAGAACGUGGAGGUCAACGUGGGUCAGAACGCGUCCUUCCAGUGCACGGCGGGCGGCAAGUGGUCUCAGCACGACAAACUCUGGCUGCAGCAGCGGAACGGGCGGGACACGGCGCCGAUGGUGACGCGGGUGGUCAACCACCGGCGCUUCUCGUCCACCGUCAGCGUGGGCGACACGUCGCAGCGCAGCACCAGCCGCUACCGCUGCGUCAUCCGCACCGACGGCGGCUCCGGCGUGUCCAACUACGCCGACCUCAUCGUCAAAGCCCCGCCCACCCCCAUCGCCCCGCCCGAGCUCCUGGCCGUGGGCGCCACCUACCUGUGGAUCAAACCCAACGCCAACAGCAUCAUCGGCGACGGGCCCAUCGUCCUGAAGGAGGUGGAGUACCGCACCGCUUCGGGCAACUGGGCCGAGACCCACGUGGUGGACGCGCCCACCUACAAGCUGUGGCACCUGGACCCCGAUGUGGAGUACGAGAUCAAGGUGCUGCUGUCCAGGCCCGGCGAGGGGGGCACGGGACCCCCGGGACCGCCGCUGGUCACCAGAACCAAAUGCGCAGAUCCCGUCCACGGUCCGCAGAACGUCAACGUGGUGGACGUGCGGGCGCGACUCUUGACCAUCCAGUGGGAAACGUUCGGCUACGCCGUCACGCGAUGCCACAGCUACAACCUCACGGUGCGGUACCAGUACGUGUUCAACCGGCGGGAGUUUGCGUCCGAGGAGCUGAUCCAGACGUCUUCUCGCUACACCCUGAGGGACCUGCGGCCGUCCGUCGCCGUCAGACUGCGGCUGGUCCUGGCCAACGCCGAGGGCAGCAAGGAGAGCGAGGAGAUCGUCGAGCAGACCGAGGAAGACGUGCCCGGCUCGGUGUCCACGGAGUCCCUCCGCAACACGCCGUACGACGACAAGAUCUUCCUGCAGUGGAAAGCGCCCAACGAGACCAACGGGGUCAUCACCCAGUACGAGAUGACUUACAAGGGCGUGAGCUCUCUGGACCCCAGCGCCGACCUGACCACCCAGUGGGGAAAGGUGACCAAGCCCACCAAUGAGACUCACCACCUGUUUGUGGCCCUCCACCCGGGCACCACCUAUUUCUUCAGCCUCAAAGCCUCCACCAGCAAGGGGGCCGGCCCACCCGUCACCACCCGCAUUACCACCAAGAUAGCGGCCCCCGUGAUGCCCGAGUACGAGUCCGAAGCGCCUCUCAACGAGACCGAGUCCACCAUUACGGUGCUCCUUAAGCCCGCCAAGUCGCGGGGGGCGCCCAUCAGUUCCUACCAGCUGGUGGUCAAGGAGGAGCGCAAGUCCAAGUCCCGUCGGGCCGCCUCCGAGAAGCCCGAGUGCUUCGCCGCGCCCUUCAGCUUCCGCAACGCCUCCGCCUCCAACUCGCCGUACUACAUGGCGGCCGAGCUGCCGCCUUCCAAUCUGCCGGCGGCCCAGCCGUUCACGGUGGGCGACAACAAGAGCUACGGAGGCUUCUCCAACCCGCCGCUGUCCCCCGCCAAGAGCUACAGCAUCUACUUCCAGGCCCUCAGCAAAGCCAAUGGGGAAACCAAAAUCAACUGCGUGUGCUUGGCUAACAAAGUGGUGAUAGGUAGGGGACAAAUAACCACGCCGUACAUUCUAGUCAUCCCAAGCGAAGGCGCCUCCACCCAGGACUCGGACGCCGUGGAGCCGGAAAAACCCGUGGACGGCACGGUGAAGUUGGCGGGCGUGAUCACCGGCAUCCUCAUGUUCAUCGUCAUCUUCCUCGGCCUCGUGCUCACCUUCAAGCGCAGAGAGAUUCACACGUGGAGAACGCUGAGCGUGGGGAAGUUAGCCAAAAAGCACAAGGAGACGGCGAGCAGCUCCACCCAACAGAGGGAGAUGGGGCCGGUCAACACAGCCGACAAGAGCGCCGCCAAAGUCAGCACGCUGCGCAAGGACGACCCCUUCUCCACCUCCAGCCAGGACCUCAACGGAUUCACCUCCCCCUCUUCCUGCUCCUUCUCCUUGCAGGGAAGCAAAACGCUGCAGACCAAAUCCCUGCUGAAUUCGUACUACUCAGUGUCCAAAGAGUCGGUACCGGCCACCGCAUCUCUGGAGAGCGGCCAGCCGUCGCUCGCCCAGCCCUCGCUGACGCUGCAGAGCUUCCCGUACGGCGGGCGCGAGUCGGUGGAGCUCGCCUACCAAAGCGGUCAGUUCCAGCCGGCCAUCCGCGUGGCCGACCUCCUGCAGCACAUCACGCAGAUGAAAUGCGGCCAAGGCUACGGAUUCAAGGAGGAAUACGAGGCUCUGGCGGAGGGACAGACGGCGCCCUGGGAAACGGCCAAAAAAGACGAGAACCGCAACAAGAAUCGCUAUGGCAACAUCAUCGCUUACCCCACAGACGAUCACACCAGAGUGCGACUGCAGCUGCUGGACGGAGAGCCUCACUCCGACUACAUCAACGCCAACUUCAUUGACGGAUACCACCGGCCCAGACAUUACAUCGCCACGCAAGGGCCCAUGCAGGAGACGGUGAGGGAUUUCUGGAGGAUGGUGUGGCAGGAGAACUCGGCCUCUAUCGUCAUGGUGACCAACCUGGUGGAGGUGGGCAGGGUCAAGUGCGUCCGCUACUGGCCUGACGAGACGGAAGUUUACGGCGACGUGAAAGUCACCCUGGUGGAGACGGAGCCGCUGGCCGAGUACGUCGUGCGAACGUUCACCGUGCAGAAGAAGGGUCACCACGAGCUGCGGGAGCUGCGCCAGUUCCACUUCACCAGCUGGCCCGACCACGGCGUUCCGUGCUACGCCACCGGGCUGCUGGGCUUCAUCCGCCAGGUCAAGUUCCUCAACCCGCCCGACGCCGGCCCCAUCGUGGCACACUGCAGCGCGGGGGCGGGCCGGACAGGCUGCUUCAUUGCUGUGGACAUUAUGCUGGACAUGGCGGAGAACGAGGGCGUGGUCGAUAUCUUCAACUGCAUCCGCGAGCUCAGGUCACAAAGGGUCAACAUGGUGCAGACCGAGGAGCAGUACGUGUUCGUCCACGACGCCAUCCUGGAGGCGUGUCUCUGCGGCAACACCGCCAUCCCCGUGUGCGACUUCCGAGCCAUCUACUACAACAUCAGCAGGCUGGAUCCUCAGACCAACUCCAGUCAGAUUAAAGACGAGUUCCAGACCCUCAAUAUAGUGACCCCUAGAGUGCGGCCGGAGGACUGCAGCGUGGGUCUGCUCCCCCGGAACCACGACAAGAACCGGAGCAUGGACGUCCUCUCGGCCGACCGCUGCCUGCCGUUUCUCAUCUCUGUGGAUGGCGAGAGCUCCAACUACAUCAAUGCGGCACUCAUGGACAGCCACAAGCAGCCGGCGGCCUUCAUCGUGACCCAGCAUCCUUUGCCAAACACCAUGGGCGACUUCUGGAGGCUGGUGUUUGACUACAACUGCUCCUCCAUCGUCAUGCUCAACGAGAUGGACGCCGCGCAGCUGUGCAUGCAGUACUGGCCGGAGAAGAGCUCGUGCUGUUAUGGUCCCGUCCAGGUGGAGUUCAUCUCGGCCGACAUCGACGAUGACAUCAUCAACCGCAUCUUCAGGAUCUGCAACAUGGCCCGGCCCCAGGACGGCUACCGGCUCGUGCAGCACUUCCAGUUCAUUGGCUGGCCGGCCUACAGGGACACGCCCCUUUCCAAGCGUUCCGUCCUGCAGCUGGUACGGCGACUCGCCAAGUGGCAGGAGCAGUACGACGGCGGAGACGGCCGCACGGUGGUGCACUGCCUCACGGGCGGCGGGCGUUCCGGAACCUUCUGCGCCAUGUGCAGCCUCAACGAGAUGAUCCAGCAGCAGAACAUCGUGGACGUUUUUCACACCGUCAAGACGUUGCGCAACAACAAAACCAACAUGGUGGAGACCAUGGAACAAUACAAGUUCUGCUACGAGGUGGCGCUGGAGGCGCUCAGCUCCUUCUGAAGCGUCGCCGGCCUCUUUGGGCGCGCUGUCGACGCCGGCGAUCGCCGGUCCGCGUCGGCUUCCGUCGCAUCGAGGGACAAAAAAAGUGCAGAAGAAGAAGUCGGACGUAUUCUUGUACAGUCGCUUUCACUUUAGAAUGUCGUCUCCCCCUACAGGCCAUACGUGCACUCGUUGCCUUUGAACCUCUCACACGCUGGCCAUCCAAGACGGCUCCUUUUGCCCAUCUGCUCGUCCCGUGUGCGUCAGGUACCCAUCCACGCGGGAUGUCGACCCGCAAUAUUGACGGGGAGAGUGAGGUUCAACUGCCCAAACUCACCGGCCGUGCCCCUUUGUGUCGAAAGCACACGACAAAUAAUUAUCUGAAUGUUCCGUCUGAAAGUGGCGGGUGAAAAAAACGUCGCGAUACGCGGAUCAUCGAAGUCGGCGUUUUCUGUGCGUGUGUGUCGUUGGUACCGAUGCAGGACGGGCACGGUUUGAAGUCGAUUUGCUUUGAGUCGACAGCAAUAUUGACAUCAAUUAUCUGAAUGCGCAAAGCUGUACCGGCGAGUUCUGUCGCGCCGACUUCACAGUGACACGCCGACCAUCAAAGCCGACUUUUUCCUGGCUCUUUUCUGCGUGCGUGUAAGGUACCGAUGCAGGGAGGUUUGAAAUUCACCUCUGAAUUUGCUUUGUGUCUCAAAUAGUCGACAUAAAAGUAUCUCAUUGCGCAAAGCCGCAACAGCGAGAUAUGUCUGAAAGGCACGGGCGAAAAAACGCCGGCUGUGCCGUGACUCACUGAUCGGCUAAGUCAACUUUUUCCUCGCUUUUUUUCCUGCGUAUGCGUAAGGUCGAGUGCAGGGUGGGGGAGAUUUGAAGUCGAACUGUAAAUUUGCUUGGUGUCGAAAACCUAACAAUAUAACAUAUACUGUAACUAUCUGAAUGCGUGAAGCCGCGAUGGCAGUCUGUCUGAAACAAACGCCGGCUCUACCAUUACACCUCUGAAGGCGGCGUGAAAGCGGUUGGUCAGAUAUUUUCGACACAUUCAACCAAGCUGUAAAUAAGAUACGACAAGCACACGUGCACACGCUGUUUUGGUCUGUGUUGUCGGAAUAUUUUUCCAAGUCCCUUCACCGCACAUGGUAUAAAUAGGCCAGACAAUUCUGUGCCUUUAACGCAGCCGUUUAGUAUCUAUCAACAGGCCACGUUUGACGGGCCUUGGUUGUGCGCCCAAAUGUCAUUUGGAAAUUCAGACCCCGAAGCCCGUUUUACCUAACAACCUGAAACUAAACUUGGUGAGCAUGUCUAUCUCAAGUAGACCCACAAAAACGACUCAAGAAGCUACGCCUGAAAAGAAACAGGAAGUCUGCCGUUUUGGUUUGAAGCAAGGAUUCUCGGGUCAAUUGGACCAUUUCCAGUGUUCCUUCAAAGAUAAACUCAACCUUGUAAUUUGGAAAUUCGGUACCAAUCUGUCUUGGUAACAGGAAAUUUGGCAGACAUGUGUACCACGAGUAGACCCACAAAAAAUUCUCAAGAAUGCAUGUCAAAAAAAGAUACAGGAAGUCUGCCAUUUUAGCUCGAAUCUGUCAUUUUAGGCUAAUUUUGGCCAGUUUUUGCCCACUGAGUUUUAUUUUGAAAUUCAGCACCUGAAGGCUUUCACCGAGCAACAUCAAAUUUGGUCGACCUGUCUAUCAUGAGUAGACCCACCAAAAGUCUCAAGAAGCCUUUUCCGAAAAGACUAUUUUCGUUUCCAGUGGUCCUCUAAUUUGUGGGGAAAAUUCAGCCCCCAAAGCCCGUUUGACUUAGCAACAUGAAAUUUGAUCGCUGUUGUCUACCAAGAGUAGACCCACCAAAACGUUUCAAGAAGCCAUGCCGGAAAAGACAGGAAGUCAGCUAUUUUGGUUCGAAGCGGCAAUUUUACGAUCACGUUCACCGUUUCCAGAUGUCUUUCCAAGACAAUCGCCUCAGAGAGAUUUGAUCUGAUUGUCCGAAGUGUUCAUCGGCGCCCCCUGAUGGCAGAAAAACCGAUGUCAUUUAAGACGGCACGCUUGACGAGGCUAAUUAAUGUCUUGUGCUAGCUGCACUUAGCCAUCCGCCAUUGGCGUCUGGCGACAAAAUAGCGCCGCCAGCGGACUUGUUGGACAUUAUUCUCGUCAUCUCCGUGACUUGAUGAUUUUGGGGGUUUUAAGAUAACGAGCAUCCUCUUGAUUUUAUUUUUGUGUGCAGCAUGUGGCCGUGCGUUAAAAUGCUUUAUUUAUUUUAUUUAUUGGUUUUUUUUGCUCAAUCUGUGUCCAUUUUUUUUAUCUCUCUCCAAACGCAACGCGUAACAUCAUUCAUGAUGAAUAGCUUGAUUUAAAACAAUUUUUAAGUGUUCAAACUGCUUUUCUCUUACGUUUUUGUUUUGGGCUUGCGAGUGAGGCUUUCGAGUGCACCAGUCAAACCAUUUGAUUUUGUUUUAUAUUUUGUUGUUUGUGGAUUAGUUCUUUUUUUUUUUCAAUAUCAUGAAUUUGUUUAGCAUUAUUUAAAAUAAAAUAAAAAAAGAUGAUUUGUCCAGCAAAGUGUUUUUGGAUUUCCUUGUUUGGCUUGUUGGAAAGUGUGAUUAAGAUAUAAAGUAAUAAAGGGACCAAAAUGCUGAA